AUUAACUUACCUAACCCUAAUAUAUAUCCUGAUAUUCAAAUAAAAUCUGAUGUUAUGUUUAAUUUAUUUUCUACAAAAUUUUGAUUAUAUAUUUAUUUGUAUAAAAUGUUUUUUAUUAGAACUAUUGGAAUCGAAUAAUAACAAUUUUGAAGCAGGUGAUGCAGAACAGAACAAUGAGAGUGAUAUCUUUGCAGACAAUAUUACUACAGCGCCAAUAGUAAUUGAACAAGUAGACGAUGACGAUAAUUUCUCUAACUUUGUAAUUGAAUUUAGGAGAACGAUGACAGAUAUUCAAUUACAACUGCAAACUUUGGAAAAUAAACAGGAACAGAUUCAAGAGACUAUAAAUAUAAUCCUGACUAAAAUCAAUAAUGAACAAUACCAUAAGAAAGGCAUAGAGACAAAAAAAUUGGGACAAUAA